CAAAUUUCUAGAAUGUCCAUUACAACGCUUCGUCGUUUAUCAAAUACCAAACACUGCGAACAAAACAAAGACAAGAGCAACAGUAAAGUAAACUACACCAACAGACACAUACACGCGAGAUAAUCGAAAUUACGGUUUUGGUUAUGGUAUCUAUAAACCCUAAUCCAACACCACAAGGUUUCUACUUCUUCGAUCCUUCAACUAUGGCUCUUCCCGGUGUUAACAAUCUUCCUCCACCACCUCCGCCGCCAUCUACUACCGCCGCCGCAGCAUCUACCGUUCCUGAGGAUCCUAAUAAGAAGAUCCGGAAACCAUAUACGAUUACUAAAUCUAGAGAGAGUUGGACUGAUCAGGAGCAUGAUAAGUUUCUAGAAGCUCUUCAAUUAUUCGAUCGUGAUUGGAAGAAGAUCGAAGCCUUUGUUGGUUCAAAAACAGUUAUCCAGAUACGAAGUCAUGCACAGAAGUAUUUUCUCAAAGUUCAGAAGAGUGGAACAAGUGAACAUGUACCUCCUCCUCGGCCAAAGAGAAAAGCUGCUCACCCAUACCCUCAAAAAGCUCCCAAAAACGCUCCUACUGCAUCCCCCCAAGUCAUGGGGACAUUGCAACCUUCAUCUGCUUUUGUUGACCCAACUUACAUUUAUAGCACAGAUUCAUCAUCUGUGCUUGGUACACCAGUUACUAAUCUGCCUUUAUCAUCUCUGAAUUUUAAUGCUCCACCGCCAGCCAGUUUGCCUCAAGUGACUACAGAUGACACGGGAUGGACUGGAUCUGGACAAGCCGUUCCUGUUAAUUGUUGCUAUAGCAGCAGCAAUGAGAAGCAAAGUAGUAAAGGGAUUAAUGAAGGCAACACGGGCAAGCCUGUUAAAGUCAUGCCAGAUUUUGCUCAAGUAUACCGCUUCAUUGGCAGUGUAUUUGAUCCAAAUUCAACCAAUCAACUACAGAGGCUAAAACAGAUGGACCCAAUAAAUGUUGAAACGUCACUUUUGUUGAUGAGAAACCUCUCCAUUAAUUUAACGAGUCCUGAAUUUGAGGAUCAUAAGAGGCUACUGUCAUCAUAUGAUCCCGACUGCGAGAAGGCAAAGUUUGCUAAUCCAAGCAGCAAAUCCAUGACUGUUAAAUCCGAAAAUGCCGUUCUGUCUACUUAGGGUGUUACCAGCGGUUUGUCUUGAAGUAGGAGAAAGAGGAGACGAGGACAAAAGGUUUUGCUGAAAGAAUUUAGAGUGUAGAUGGUUGCAUCAUGCAUGUACAUGGAACCCAUAUGUAUGCCUUUUGGAUAGAUUUCUUGUCUGUCUGUCCUAGGCAUUGGUUAGAUAGUUAAUAGUAUCCUAGUAUUUCGUGUGGACUACGUGUAAAACUUAAGAAGAUGGCUGUGCUUAGAAUGCAGGAUAAUGAGUGUCCUGUUUAGGUUACUUGUGGAGGCUAUGCUGUACAGUUUUUUGAGUGGGGUUUGAAGGGUUACGCCUUGAAGCUUCUUUCUAAUAUUAGUACGGAAGAGCGAUGUUAGGAUUUAGGAGGUGCUCGUUCGUUUGUGUUGUAUAUAAACUAAUAAAAUGGUACUGUAGAUAAGUUUUAAUCUUGUUUUCAUGCAUUGUGGAUACUUGAAUAAGGCUAAUACAACCAAAUCGUGACAGGUUAUUCUGAUACAA